UACCCACUAUCGCAAGCGUUGCAGUCUGCUUCUUCUUAAUAGCUAAACUUUAAUACGAAAUAUCACCUCAUUUAUUAAAAUUCACCCGCUUUGUGAUAAAAUUCCGUCAAUUACCUACGUUCUUCAACUUGUCACUUCCUAUGCCCUUAGUUAAAAAUCGUAAGUUAUCUUAAUUACGUAUCGAUAUUCACGUAAAUUUACCUAAACAAUUCCAGGUAAUAAUAUUCCUACGGUCACACGUACUGCGCGUGAUCAAGCGCUGGCGCGUUGGGUCCACGCAUUUACACCGUGACGCCAGCCGCACGGCGGCCUAUCACACCGUGCAGUAGCAGCUACGGGGAUUGGAUCGUUGAACAAUCAACACUGGGGUUUGGUGCACAUUUAUUAUCCUGCCUAAUUUGUUGAAUUUGCCCUUGAUAAUGUCUACCGGAAGUGAUAAAGGUGGCGGUACUGAUCAAAGUACGCAAAUGAAAGAAUUAGUUUGUUCGCGAGGUGCAAAAAAGGGUCAACUAACAAAAUUUAACAAUUUUAUUACAACUUUAGGUCAAAUUCCGAUUGAAAAUAUUACAAGUUUACAACACAAAGAAUUAAUUUUCCGUUUAAGCAAAAUCGAAAACGUUAUUCAUGAGUUUAAUGAAAUUCAAACUAGGAUUGAAUUUUUAAGCGAAGAUAUUAAACAUACAAUUGAAAGAGACAUCUUUGAAGAUCUUUACUAUUCUUCUAUACCUAUUGCUCAGGAACUUAUUGAGUCAUAUUUAAAAGCCAAUCCUGUAGACAAAUCAGAUGGUAACAGCGAUCAUUCGCAUAUAUCAGUAAAAACGGGCUGUAACCAACUUAACAAUAUCAAACUACCCACAAUUAGCUUACCAAAAUUUGAUGGAAAUUACUUGAAAUGGCUGGAGUUCAGAGAUACCUUCGAUGCAUUAAUAAAUUCAAAUGAAACAAUUUUAGACAUAAACAAAUUUCAUUAUUUGAGAUUGUCUUUAGAAGGUAGUGCAACUGUUGUCAUAAAAUCCAUAGAAUUUACUUCAAAAAAUUAUAAAGUGGCAUGGAAUUUGUUAUGUUCUCGUUAUGAUAAUAAAAAAGUCUUAAUAAAUAACCAUUUAAAAGCGUUAUUUUCCGUCGAACCAUUAACGCGUGAGUCGCACAAGGCCAUUCAAUUUUUGAUUGAUCAUACACUUAAAAAUUUAAGAUCACUUGAAAGUUUGGGUCAGCCCACUGACAAAUGGGACGUUCUCAUUAUUUAUAUUAUGGCUAGCAAAUUGGAUCCCAAUACUUUAUCAAAAUGGGAAGAGCACAAAAGUGCUUCCUUAGAUGGAGAAUCUUUGGAUGAAUUUAUUGCAUUUUUGCGUAAACGUGCAGACGUUCUAGAAACAAUAUUUUUUGGCAAAAGCGACAAACAAAUCAAUAAACCUUUUUCAUCAAAUAAAGUUAAAUAUACUGAUAAUGAUAAUUAUAAAAGAUCGUCUCCACAAAAUAAUCAAAAAAGUUUUGUCGCUUCUGGCAAAUCAAAUCGUAAUUAUAACCCCACUUGUCCAUUCUGCAAAGAGAACCACAGGAUUGUCGAAUGCGACAAAUUUAAAAAAAUUUCGCCGGAGGAUAGAUCAGGUGAAGCCUUAAAACUUAAUCUUUGCUUGAACUGCCUACGGCGUGGACAUUCCGUUAAGGACUGUCGCUUGGAUGGAAGGUGUCGUGAAUGUCGACAACAACACAAUACUCUGUUACAUGUCGAUCAAAACGUAAAUAAGGACAAUAAUCAAGUUUACCAGUCAACUUCAAUACCUAUUUCUUUGGCAGCCCAGUCAGCAAGCCAAGUUCUUCUAGGUACUGCCAUGGUACAAGUUGUUAACACUAAAACCAAAAAUACUUACCUGGCCCGUGCCUUGCUUGAUGCAGGCAGUCAAUCGUCAUUUAUAACAUCGAACCUAAAAAAUAAAAUGGGCAUAAUCAGUGAGAAAACAGAUUUUUGCAUUACCGGCAUUAGCAACGCCCCAAUUCAUUUGUCCGAUAGCUGUGAAGUAACUAUUCAAUCUCUAAAUGGCCGUUUUACUGUCGCUCUUAAAUGCUUAGUGAUGCCUAACAUAACCGGUCACUUACCUAAUACUCCUGUGGAUAUUUCGCGUCUCAAUUUACCCGCGAACAUUAAGUUAGCUGAUCCUAAAUUCUAUCAGCCAUCAUCAAUUGAUCUUCUUUUAGGUGCAGAAAUAUUCUUCGAUGUCAUUACCACAAAUAAACUCAAUAUUGGGCCCGGGAUGCCCAUCCUCCAAGACUCUAAGUUCGGAUGGAUAGUGGCAGGUCCCCUUAACGUAUGUAAAGACAUUCCGAGAAAUACCUUUUGUAACUUUACUAAAGACAUAAAUCAUAACUUAAUAAAAUUUUGGAACAUUGAGGAGGUUUCUUUACAAAAAUCGCCAAUGUCACCACAUGAUGAGUUUUGUGAACGACAUUUUGUCCAAAAUACUACUCGUUUGGCAAAUGGUAGGUUUUCAGUCAAAAUGCCACUUCUUGAAGAUCCUGAAAAAUCGCUCGGUGAGUCAUACUACAUGGCCGAAAGGCGAUUCUUAAGCCUUGAGAAAAAAUUUAUUAAAAACCUAGAUUUAAAAAAUCUUUACCGUAACUUCAUUAACGAGUACGAGGAGCUUGGCCACUUAACAAAAAUUAACAAGCCUUCCUUCGGUUAUUUUAUGCCUCAUCAUGCGGUGAUAAGGGAGUCAAGCGAGACAACAAAGCUCCGUGUCGUUUUCGAUGCGUCAGCUAAGACUAAGUCUAACAAGUCUUUGAAUGAUAUCCAAGCGAUAGGGCCGACAGUCCAAGACGAGUUAUUUGACAUUUUGAUUCGUUUCCGUCAACACAAAUAUGUUCUGUCUGGCGACAUAGCAAAAAUGUACAGGCAAAUCAUGAUAGAUGAGUCACAAAGACAUUUACAGCUCAUUCUGUGGCGCGAUGACGAUACAAAACCCAUCAAUAUCUUACAACUCAACACCGUCACAUACGGCACAGCAGCAGCGCCGUUCUUAAGCACAAGAUGCUUAUUGCAGUUAGCAAAUGAGUGCACGGAUCCCCUAAUUUCUGAAGUCAUAAAACAUGAUUUUUAUGUUGAUGACCUUCUAACGGGUUCGUCCAAUGAAGAUGAAUUACUACACAUUCAUAAAGGUGUGACAGAAACUUUGGCCUCUGCUCGCCUUCCCAUUCAUAAAUUUCGUACUAAUUGUCCUAACAUAUUUUCAUCAUCAACAGAAUCCAAAAUUCUUAAUUUAGAUAAAGAAUCUAGUGUUUUAGGUGUACUGUGGGCUCCAAACACUGACACACUUAAAUUCUCCAUAAACAUUGACACAAAUGCACAAACAUUAACAAAAAGAAUUAUUCUGUCAAAUACUUGCAGGAUAUUCGACCCGCUCGGCCUUCUGAGCGCUAGCACAAUUACCUUAAAGGUAUUACUGCAAAAAUUGUGGAAACUCAAAUUAGAAUGGGAUGACCCCGUCCCAAACGAAAUAAAAAAAUCAUGGGAAAAGGUAAUCAAUAAUCUUAAUCUUUUUCUUACAGUAUCGGUACCGAGACACGUCAUGUGUGCCUCUCCGGUAAAAACGGAACUACACUGCUUCGUGGAUGCGUCCCAAGACGCCUAUGCUGCGUGUAUUUACCUGAGAUCGCUUGAUGAACAUAAUUCCGUAACUACAAAACUUUUAUGCUCUAAAACUCGUGUAGCACCCUUGAAGCCUGUAACCAUUCCGCGUCUUGAAUUAUGUGCAGCUCUUUUAGGUGCGCGUCUAAGCUAUAAGGUCAGUAACGCAUUACGUUGCGAAAUUGGUGAUAAAUAUUUUUGGUCUGACUCCACGAUUGCGUUAGGUUGGAUUAAAAAUCAGCCUAAAUUGUUUAAAGCUUUUGUAUGCAACCGCGUGAAUGAAAUACAUGAGCUCACUAACCGAAACUCGUGGAAACAUAUACCGACGGACAUCAACCCGGCAGACAUGGCUUCUAGGGGAGUAGCGCCAAGCACCAUGAUCAAUUCUUCUCUGUGGUGGGAAGGUCCAUCCUUCCUCUUAAAAUCGGAAUCGGAAUGGCCUAAUCACCCAAAUACAAAAAUUGAUUUGCCCGAAAUUAAAGUUCAUAAGAGCCAAGUAAUCCAUAAAUUCAUUAAUUUUGAAAAUUACUCAAAUGCCAAUAAACUAAAAAGGAUUUUUGCUUAUGUAUUUAGAUUCAUCACCAAUUGUAAAACUUCAAAUAAAAACAAGUCUCCGUUAAAUGAAGUAGAACUUAAAAAUUCCCUAAAUUUUCUUAUAAAAAGGGCUCAAAGCGAAUCUUUUUCCAGUGAAAUUGAAACUUUAUCUAAUGGUAAAUGUCUUAAAGCUAAAUCACACAUUUUACAGUUAUCUCCCUUCAUUGAUGACUCCGGUGUGCUGCGAGUAGGUGGUCGCCUUAAGAAUGCUGCUCUAAAUUAUGAGAAAAAACAUCCAGCUCUGCUAGAUUCCAAACACCACUUAACAAAAAUAUUAAUGGCAGCUGAACACCUGCGUCAAGGUCAUGCAGGUCCACAACAUACUCUCUAUUCGUUUAGAGAACAGUUCUGGCCUAUAGGAGGCAGAACAUUAGCAAGAAGCAUAGUUCGUAAAUGCAUAACUUGUCUGAGACUUAAAGCCAAAACAUUAAACCCGUUUUUCGGUGAUUUACCUUCGAGUAGAGUUACGGAAUUUUAUCCUUUCCAGACUUGCGGCACUGACUUCGCCGGCCCCUUCAUGAUUUCAAGCAAGAAGGGCCGUGGUAACCGGGUAUCAAAAAGGCACUUCCUCAUCGGGCGGCCGCUGACGUCACUGCCGGCACCACCGGGCGACAACAUGAAACUUAAGAACCGUUACAUCCUCAUUGAAAACUUGAGACAACGCUUCUGGGAGAGGUGGAGGCACGAAUACCUAUCAGAGAUGCAGCAACGAACCAAGGGCCGUCUACGCAAUAGUAACCUUCAACUCGGAGACCUGGUUGUCUUCAAGGAGGAAAACCUUCCACCCCUAAAAUGGAGGUUGGGUCGAGCACAAAAACUAUAUCCAGGCGCUGAUGGAGUAGUCAGAGUGGCUGACUUCCUAACGUUCAGAGGGACAGAGCGACGAGCCGUCAACAAGGUGUGCCCACUUAUACCUCAACCUCAACAACAGCCUCAAACAAGAUGAUCAUUGAAAGAACGCCCUUCUUUCAAGGGGGGGCAAGAUGUUCGCGCUGUCUACAAUGACGUCACUCCUCGAGCAGCACGGGCGCGGGGUGAUUAACCGCGACCAGCGGCGCCGCGGCGGCCGGCCGCUGCCACACCGCGACGCCCCGCACCACUCGCAAUUUUCAUAUAGAAGAGGACACACGCGCGCUUGUCGUAGCCUUUAUUCCUAAUAUUUGUAACGUACCUACUACAAAAAUAAAUUGUCUUCAUUAUAAAAGGUCAUUAUUUUAUUUG